CUCGCAGGGGCGUUGAUGGAGGGGUGCCGCGGCGGAGAAGACAACCAACUUUGUCCUCAGUCAGUGCAGCAGCGAGCGCCACGCGUCUCGGUGCUCGCGAGUGAGUGCCGAGGUAGCGAUCGAGAGAACGAGAGGAGAUCGCGGUUUCUUCGGUCCGCAACAGCACCAGGGGGUGAGAUGAGCGGAGUGCGGUGGCACAGUUUGUGGGUAGGGUGUCUCCUGGUGUGCGCGGCGGUGCUCGCGUACCAAGGAGACAUUUCGGACUUGCCGCCUGGACCGUAUUGCGGCCAGAGGACCGUGGGCUGCUGCAACGGCCGAGCAGACUCGUGCUCGGCUCCGAUUCUCGGUACCCUUUGCUACUGCGACGACUUUUGCAACAGGACGUUAACAAGUGACGAUUGCUGCCCUGAUUACUGGAGCUUCUGUCAUGGUAUCCAAUCUUCUCCCGAAGAACCGACAAAAGUGUGUGUCUUCAACGGCAUUUUACUUGCUCCUCGGGAUUCGGCUAAAGAUAACUGCAAAACUUGCACCUGUAUGCAGACGCUGUCGGGGCCCAAUAAGGUGGAGAUGCAGUGCGAGCAAGUCGAGUGUCUCGUAGAGCCGGACACAAUCGACAGGGUCAACGGCCAACGCGGCCUCACCUGGAGUGCCGCCAACUACUCUUCUUUCUGGGGCCGCGCCCUUCACGAAGGCAAGCAGUACAAGCUCGGCACCCUCGAGCCCCGCAGAACGGUCAGAGGCCUGAUCCCAGUCAAACGGGUGUACGACGCUAAAAGGCUGCCGCACUCUUUUGACGCCCGCACGAAAUGGCAAGAAGAAGUCUCGGGGGUUGUGGACCAGGGCUGGUGCGCAUCUUCCUGGGCCCUGAGCACUAUUCAGGUGGCUGCCGACCGUCUGGGCAUCAUGUCGCUUGGAAGGGAGAUUGUCGAAUUGUCAGCGCAGCAGCUGCUUGAAUGCAACACAAGAGGCCAGCAGGGCUGCAAGGGCGGACAUUUGGACAGAGCGUGGAUGCACAUAAGGAAAUAUGGUGUUGUUGAAGAGAGGUGCUACCCAUACAUCGGUGACCACAACAACCCUGGAAAGUGCAAAAUUGGCAAAACCAUCAGAUCCCUCGGAGCCGCUAGGUGCCUUCCGCAGCACCAGAUUGAGCCUCCAAGAACGGAAACUUAUCGCACCGGUCCUGCUUAUAGAAUCAAAUCUGAGCAAGACAUUAUGCAUGAAAUUUUCGAAUCCGGCCCCGUCCAAGCCACAAUGGCUGUUCAUCACGAGUUCUUCAUGUACCAGAGAGGUGUUUAUCAGGCGUCGAGACCUAAUCUAAAGAUAGAGGGAUACCACAGUGUGCGAAUUAUUGGUUGGGGUGAGGAGCCGUCGUAUAAUGGCCCACCUGUAAAAUACUGGUUGGCAAUGAACUCUUGGGGCACUGAAUGGGGUGAGGAUGGCCUCUUCCGCAUUCGGCGUGGAACAAAUGAAUGCGAAAUUGAAGAUUUCGUGUUGGCCGCAUGGGCACAAACCACCAGCAUGUUCACUCCUAACACUUUCCCGCCACUCAGACGCCGUAGAAACAAAUUCACGCAAAAGCGUUCAGCGCACCAUAGACGGCCGUUGAUUAAAAAUUAAGUAUUAAUAAUUUUUAAGGAGCAUUCAACUCCUAUUAAUUAAUAAAUUAUGUGCCAAUUUUUCAUAAAUAUGGGUGGAAUUUUUGUAAUCCAUCUCAAAAUAUUCACGCAGACA